AUGUCUGCACCUGCUAAAAGAAGUUCUAAAGAUACUCAGGAGAAAGAUCUAAUGCUCGACAAAGACAUGGAAAAAGAUACAUGGGACUUUAAGUCAAUGACAGAUGAUGAUCCAAUGGAUUUUGGCUUCGACGCACCAGCAAAUAAGAAGAAGAAUGCCUUUAAGCUGGAUAUGGGAUUCGAUCUGGAUGGAGAUUUUGGAAAUUUAUCAUCAUUCAAAAUGGACAUGCCAGAUUUUGAUUUCUCAAGCCCAGCCAAGAAAACCCCAAAAACGAAAGAAAGCUCUGAUGAUAAAUCUAGUGGAAAUUUAAAAGAGAAAAAGAAUCCGUUUACCUUCUCUUAUGACUUUGAUGCGUUGGACGACUUUGAUCUUGAUUCAAGCCCACCGAAGAAAGGAAGCGAGACAAAGACCAAGACCAAGGAUCGCGAAGAAACUUCUGCUAGAAGAAAAGUUGAUGAUAAGUCAGAUGAUUUGGACUUUGGCACAGACUUACCAACAACUAAACAAGCUGCCUCCGUGGCAAAUACAGAUGUCAAGGCAAAAGCCUCAGCUGAAAAAUUUUCUGCUAGAGGAAAAUUUGAUAUGUCAGAUGAUCUGGACUUUGGCACAGACUUACCGAUAACUAGACAAGCUGCCUCCGUGGAGAAUACUGAUGUCAAGGCAAAAGCUACAGCUGAAAAAGAGAACCUCAUAUCCAAGACUACAGAUACUAUGGUUGUCGAUAGUAGCAAAGACUUGAAGCAAGCUCCACAAGAGAGCAUGGAAAAUUUUGAUGCAGUGGAAUCACCUCAAGGUCUAAGGAGAAAAGCCUCACCUACUCGUACAAUGUGUUUGCAACCCCAACCCGUAAACACUUCACCAUUGAAGACAUCAUGUCCAAUGGUUAAGAUAGACGAACCAUGUCUUUCAGAUGAUCCCGCAGCGCCCUCGCCCUUACAUACUUCUGAGACUACAUACACUGCAGCAAACAGAGAAACCAGUCCAGAUAGCCAUGAAAUCUGCAGGUCUGGCACCAAAGAAGAUUUUCCUAGAGAUCCAGAAGAGAAUGCUAACGAUAAAAGGGCUUCCUCCACGAAUUCAAGUUAUGACAAGAGUGAACAGGCUGAACCAAACUUCUCAUCUCAGAUAUGUUCGGACAAGAUCGAACAUCAACAGGAAGAAAUGAGUACAGGCUCUCAGGAAGAUAUACAGGAUCACACUAGAAGAACUUUAUGUGGUCCAGAUGCCGGGCAUUUUCAAACAACUCUGUCAGGAAAAGUAUCACCAGGCACUCAUCUAAGCCAAACUGAGCAGGUAAAAGAACAAGAUUCGAGUGCAAAGCUACCACUGGCUCCAUCUCACAGCGUGCCAGGGCACAUUGAUUUGAAGGCCAUGCAAAACAAAGACUCAGGAAUUAUCAGAUCCAAAUUCUUUAAGAAGACAGAAAAACCACAAUCCCAUGUGCCGGAGUCCACUGCAAUUCAAAAAGAGAUCCGGCCAGUUACCCGAGAAAGGAUUGGGUGGAAUAUGAAUCCCACAACUGAUAAAAGACAUGAUGUCAAAGAUGCGUUACCUGGAUCCAAAACUAGAACAUGUCCAACGGAGCUUGCCAAAAUGGAUUCCGAAACAGCAAAUGUCAAUACUAGCAGUUCUCAUGAGAAGAUAAUCCACAAGGACCCUUCAAAGAUGCGUUACCUGGAUCCAAAAACUAUAACAUUUCCAGCUGAGCUUGUCAAAACGGAUUCCGAAACAGCAAAUGUCAAUACGAGCAGCAGUUCUCUUGAAAAGGUAAUCCACAAGGACCAUUCAAAUGCUAAGACUGUAGAAAAUGUGGCUGGAAUGAUGGAUCAUUUAAAGCUGCAAGCGAACAUUAGCUCAAAACUCGAUGCUUCUAGCUUGACUCAGAAGCUUAGUAAACAUUUGAGUUCUGGAGCUGAAUCUUUGCAGAAGUCCAAGAUCACAUCUCUUGAAAGGCCUAAACUUGGAAAUAUCAUGUCUGAUCUGCGUGCAGCAACUCAAAGGACCAUUGGAGUAAAUAAAGAUCGUCCCAGUUCGGCAGUGCAACCACAAGUUGGCUCUUCCGUAAGAAAGGAGAGAAAUACCGAAGCUCCAGCAGUUAAAAAGAGCCCUGGGAUCCAUCAUUUGUCUCCCAGAGACAAAACACAAAUCCUGCACUGCCCAUCUUCUUUAAAGCGGAAAGCUCUUGAUCAGGAUGCAGAUAGAUCACUGAAGCCGCAACUUAAACGCUUUUCCAUGUCUCCGAGAGAAAACAGGAACGUUGAGGAGGUCACACAUAGAGUUGCGCAAGGGAAGUUCUCAAGCCAAGGGGGUAGGAUAGAUAAUAAUACAACCACGGAGCUUGUCAAGGAAAGCCCAAGGACUAAGUCUCAUCACCAGAUGACAAACAUGGCAAAUCUGGAAAUCCCUAUCACGGAGAAUAAUGACAACAUAGAGAAAGCUGAAGCGUAUACAAAAGAACUCGACAAUAUCUGCAACAUUCUGAAGAAGAAACAUGAGGAAGCGAAAGAGUUGCUUGUCCGUGCUGUAGUAAACAACAAUAAGCUACUGAUGCUCAACCAUCCGUUAAAUGAAGACAAGAUAUCCUUUUUCUAG